UCUCGUUUAUUUUUAUAUUAGAAAGACGUCGAUUGAUUUUGAUAUAUAUUUUUUCUUUUUCAUUGCUGAGAUUAAUUUUUAUUUUUUGUUAUUUGAUGUCGCUGUACAGUUCCAUUAGACAAUGUCAUCAAUGUAUUUCUUUGACAAGACAAUUAACAGAUAGCGCAGUACAUAGAGGUGCGCAGAGAAGUGUAAAAAAUUUGAAGAAAAAGUUUUUGUUGUCCAUAAGAAACAUAAGAAAGGAAGACAUGUCGAUGCAAAAUCAAUCAAAACUAUUAACACUAUUGAAAGAUUAUUUAAAUAAAUUUGGUUAUGAGAAAAGUCUUCAAGUUAUUUUAUCUAAAUAUUGGGUCGAACUGAUACAAAAGAUAGAAUAUACACAAGGAAAUACUAUUCGAAAAUUAUCAUUGGUCAACGUUCAAAAACAAUCAGAUAAAAUAUUAAAAGGAGAGGAAAGUAAAAUUGAAACAUCUAAGGAUCUUACUCUAAUGACAGAACAGGAAAAACAAUUCAAUGGAAAGACAAUCGAUAGUGAAAAGCUUAUGCAAAAAAUGAUAGAAAGAUCAACAUUUCAAAAGGAAGAUGUUAAGUUGAAUGCUUCUAAUGAUAAGUUCAAUUUGAAAGAGCAAUCUUACACAAUACCACAGAUUAUCACUGCUUUAAUUUUAAAAAUGACAAGUAGAACAAAAGAGAGUAGUUUAGUGGCUACGUCAAAGUGGAAAGUAAACAUUAACAGUAAUAUUCCAAAGCAUAGUAUUAUUUCUCGAACACGAUAUUUAUUGAAUAGUAUUGUAAUAGCUAAAUCGACUGCAUCAAAAUGGAGAAGAAUUGAAGAUUUAUUGACUCACAUUGAUCAGUAUCCAGAAGCUCGACAUUAUGCGAUUACGGAAGGAGCAUUAACCACUUUACUAAGAAUACGACAAAAAACUCAUGAUGAGCAAAUUAAAGCAUCUAUCAGAGAAUCAUUAGCAAUAAUGGGUUACGUUGAUCCUCCAAUUGGACGUGGAAUUAGAAUCCUUUCGAUAGAUGGAGGUGGAAUUCGAGGUUUACUAGUGAUACAAAUGUUGAAAAAAUUGGAAGAAUUAACUGGAAAAAAAACGCAUGAAAUGUUUGACUAUAUUUGUGGUGUUAGUACUGGAGCAAUUAUUGCCUCCACUUUAGUCGUACCAAAGGAAUCGGAUGAAGGUGGUCUUAAGAGGAAGUCGUUAGAUGAAAUUAAUGAACUGUACAAAGAUUUAAGUAUUAAAGUAUUUACGCAGAGUGCCAUAAAAGGAACAAGUAGCUUAAUGUGGAGUCAUGCGUAUUAUGAUACAGCGUUGUGGGAGAAAUUAUUACGAGAAACAAUAGGCGAUAAACUUCUCAUAAAAACAAAUCGUGAUCCAAAUGCUCCAAAAUUCUCUGCUAUAUCAGCUGUAGUUAAUCAUGAACGCGUAAUGGCAUAUGUAUUUCGAAAUUACACAUUGCCGCAUAAAGUUGAAAGUCAAUACAUGGGAUCGCAUAAACAUAGAUUAUGGGAAGCAGCAAGAGCCUCUGCAGCUGCUCCUAGCUAUUUUGAAGAAUAUAAACAUGGAGAAUGCCUUCAUCAAGAUGGAGGUAUACUAGUAAAUAAUCCGUGUGCAGUAGCAAUACACGAAGCUAAACGAUUAUGGCCAAAUAAUUCGAUUCAAUGUGUCAUUUCACUUGGCACUGGAAGGACACUUAAUAGAAUUUGUGAUAAUGAUUCCACGUCAGGAGAAGUAGCUAUUUCAAGUUGGAAAGAAAAAUUCUAUAAAAUAUUGGAUAGUGCUACUGAUACCGAAGCUGUGCACACAAUGCUGAACGAUCUUUUACCUAACCACAUAUACUUCAGAUUCAAUCCGUAUCUUACUGAAAUGUUAUCUAUGGUAGAAAUAAGACCAGACAAAAUAAAUCAAUUAGAGCAAGAUGCACAAAUAUAUAUACGUAGAAACGAAGAAAAAUUUGAAAAGGCUGCUGUUGUAUUAUCUCAAUCAAGAUCAAUUCAACAGAAGUUAUUAGAUUGGGUUACGUUACAAAAGAGAAUAGCUGGUUUUUAAAAUAAAUUAAUAAUAGCACUUAGCAUUCUAUAAAAAAUUACAUCUUCACGAAUAUUUAUUUUGAGUAAUGCAAAUGCUAUUCAUAAAUGUGACAAUUAUUUUACUUAACAAUUAUGAUUUUAUAAUCAUAUACUGUAAACAUUUAGUUUUCUAUAUAUAUAUGCUUAAAAGAAUAUAUUUGACAUAUUAUUACAAUAGAAAAUCUAUCUAUCGCUAAUAAUUUAAAUAUUAUUUAGUUAUCGUACCUAUCCAACUGUGAUACAUAUCUUUCAUGUAGACUUCGGUAGAAGAAAGUAUUAUUAAUAUAUAAAUAUUUUAUUUAUGUAUAUGUACAAAUAAUAUAGAUAUACAUACAUACAUAAAAUUAUACAUCCAAUAUUUAAUAAUUAAGGAAAUUUUUCAAUUUUUAAAUGACAUAAAUGAAUAUAUUAAAUUAUAUUUUAAUUAUAUUAAAAUAACAAAAUUGCGUGUUAAUUUGUUUAUAUUGUAUUUUUUUAAAUGUUUUAUUUAACUAUAUUUUACAUAAAAGUUGUAAUGUACUCUUGUAAUAUACAGGUUGUCUCACAAAGUCGCUUUACUAAGAAAAGAAAAGAAAAACUAAAAACUAAUACUGAUUAAUUAAAGAAUUACAAUAUUGUGUUUUUUGUUUAAAAUCAUAUAAUUCUAGUUAAUUAUUCCAGUAUUAGUAGAAUAGAAUGGUUUCACGAUGCUAAUAAUAAAUAUCUGAUGGAAAAACAUUGUAUAAUUUUUCAGUUUGAUAAAGCGAAUCUUGGAGCAUCCUGUAUAUAUAUUGUUGUUUGCUUAUAUUUGGAUUUGGUAACUAUUUUUAUUAGAGAAGUAUUAUUAAUAUGAAUAUUUAAUGAUUAAAGAAACUUUUCAAUUUUUAACUGACAUAAAUGUAUAUACUAAAUUAUAUUAUAAUUGUAUCAAAGUAACAAAA